UAGAACUGCUGAUGUUGACCAGCUCUCGCGAACUCUCGGGGCGGACGUUGGGACCGUAAUAUCUAUUUAUCACUCUCCGCUCGCAUGUUUUGAUUCCUGAAAGUUGCUGUCAGUGGACUGCUUCGUAAAAUGUCCGCUGUGACGCCGCCUGUAAACGACCGGUGUGUUUUUCAUCGACGUGAAUUUGAAGAGCUGCCGUCAGUGAACCAGAGAGGAGGAAGGCACAUUGCUCAACCUGUCCACGGUGCGAGGCAGACCGCACAACACCACCAGCGACACCGGGUGGAUGGCAGCCAGACCCAACCUCGACCGCCCAGCGACCCCACUGCCAGAUGGCCCCACGUGGACGACCCCACCACCAGAGAGCCCCAGCUGGACGACUGCGAGCGGAUGGGGACUCUGUUUGGGAUGCUAAACAAGUGUCUUCGGGGGAUGGGCUUUAGCCAGAUGUACUUUGGGGACAAGAUAGUGGAGCCAGUAGUGAUUGUCUUCUUCUGGCUGCUGCUCUGGUUCCUGGGUAUUCAGGCCCUGGGACUGGUGGGAACUCUGUGCAUCAUCAUCAUCUACAUCCAGAAGUAAUGAGAGCUUGUGAUCGAUGGAGCCUGCUGUUUUCUUUGGUUAAUACUUGCACAUGCUGGACUCAUUUAAUUCUAAUGGAUGUUUGGAUUGAAAUAUGCAGUGGAUCUGUGCUUAAGGGGGACGUCGUGGAGAGGUCUGUAGUGAUAGAGGCUGAUGGUGGUUUGAAAGCUUGUUCAGUGAGGAGUCUUCAGAAGUGUCUGGUCUGGAGCUUCUGCCUCAGUAAAAAGGAGUGGAGCUGUCCUGCUGCCUCUGUUCACAUGACAUAAGUGGUGUUGAUCACUUGAUUUAAAACAAAAAAACAAAAAAAAAAACAGGAAGAUACUAUGGGAAAUGGUUUGUUUGUAUAUGAGUCAGAAGCUACAGAGUGAAAGCCAAAAGUCUCAGUGCUCAGGAAUCAGAACUGCACACGUCUCUGUCUGUUAAUGUGUGCAAGUGCAGCAGUAAUAUGACUCCAAUGAUCAUAAGGAACGGUGUCUGACAAUACAUACAGGAUAUGUUACGUUCUUGUGAAACCUUUUCUCUUUAGAAUUUUUACUUUGCAAGAUACUAGGGAUUCACAGUUUUUUAUGAUAAACGGAAAAAUGUAAUUAUUGUUAUUGCCCUGAAAUCGCACAUUGGUGCAUCUCUAAUAGAUACAAGUGGGAAUCACCUUCUGAAGGGGGUGGACAGAAACGUGAAGUAUGAUAUUGAUGAUUUCUCACAUUCAUGGGAAGAUAAGAAAUUGGGAAAGUAAAUGUUUUCAACAGAUACAGUUUAAUUCAGGUAUUCUUGUGUCAAUUCUUGUUACAAAGCUUAACUUUUACACUGGAUGGAAACAACAUAUGUAUGGUCUUCCAGUUUGUCUGCUGGUGUGGCCUCACAACAUUUCAUGUUAGACUGACAUACUUAACCUUCACUGAGUAAAUAGAAUUCACAACUUUUAUUCAUACAAUAUCAAUAUCAGCAUAUCAGACUAGAUAUUGUGUCUUGGAGUUUUGUUUAUAUAUUGAAAUACCUUCAGUUUGUGUUUUUAGUCUGGAUUAACAUUUAUGUUUUAGUUGAGUGGAGUUAAUACUAAAUACCCCUGUGUAAUCACCAUAUCUGGUUGGGUUUAAGUGUUAGGUGGUAAUAGUCUUCAAGACUGGGAACACACUGCCUGCGUGGCGUGUGCGUGGCGACUGCGGAACAUCUUGGGUCUCGUUUCGGCGCCUAUGUUAACAGGUUAGAGUGACUGCGUGUCAGUGCGGUUCCCUGAAUCUGAUUAUGAAAUGAAAACAUAUACAUAUUAUAUUUUUUUAACCAUUUUAGCAGCUGCAUGCGGAGAGCCUGGCGUUUUAGUGACGCUUUCUGUCAAAAAUAAAUCAGAAAUUAAUUUAUAAUGAAAAGAAAUCCAACAUUGGAGCAGCUGGCUGCUGGCCAUUGUCCAAGGCAAACUCUAUAACAGAUAGAGCUGACAGGAGCAGUGACGCAGCACACACACAGUAUGAACGCUGAAACACAUACAUGCAAGCCGCAGCAGUUCAGCGACACAGCCAUCAUGCACACAUAACACAGGCAGUGUGUUCUCGACAUAAAGAGGACCUAUUUUGGGUGGAGUCUUAAUUGGUUGGCAGAAAGUGACAGUCAGCGGUGUCAGAUGUCAGUUUUCGAUAUGGAUCAACUGGUCGCCUUCUCCAAUUAUUUUAAUGGUUUGUCAGCAGAGGAUAAAGUUAAAUCAGUGGAUCAGGGAAUAAAGUCUGAACUCUCUGGAUCCAUGAAUGCCUCCUUGGUAAGACAUUCUCAGUCAUUAAUGCCAGUGAUAUUAUGUGGUCCCAAGGCUUAGCUAAAGUUUGCACAAUUGACUAGACUGUCCCAUUUUGAAGGCUUCCUCAAAUGCUGCCUAGAAAUGUGUCCCUCUUUUCCUGGGCCACGAAGGCUCCCACAGGUGGAUCCUUCGUGGUCCAACCUAUCCCACGAUUCAUUGCUCGUUGGUGAAGAAAAUAAUAAACCAACAGAGAGCCUGAGGAUUACACUGUUAAAUGGUACAACUGUUAAAAAACCAAGGACCUCAAAAACUCAAGUUGUUAUAUACAAAAUUUACAUGUUGUCAAGGUUGCUAGGUGACAGGAGUGGCACUUUGUGACGCAACAGUAAGGGGUGGGCAGCAGAUGAUGCAAAUCCUCAAUUUGACUGUCUCAUUUCGGUGUGGCCUUCAUGGUCUACAACAGCUAGACCACGUCCUUUGAAGAAUGCAGCCCCUGAAUUGGGACACAGCUAUAUUGUUAAGUAAAUGUCAUAUCACUGAUAUAAUAUCACUGUAUGUCCCUUUCAUUCAUUAAAUGUUUGCAUCAAUACUGAGUGAUGCUGUAGCUUAACUGUCUAUGAGCACUUUGGUUUGUUUACAGGCUACUUCUGCUUACAUGCUAAUGUUGCUAACAUCGGUCAAUGGUGUUUACCAUUUUGAAUUAGCCUACUGAGAAUACCAGCUUUGUGGCUGCUGCUGUUAAUAAUUUACUGUUAUUAACUCCAUAAUUUGAUUUUUCCUUUGUGUGCGUUUUCAUCAGUUCAUUCAGUUUAAUGGCUUGUAAUCAUUAUCUCGCCUAAAAGGUCACGUUUUUAUUUUUACUCCUAUUCUGACAUCCAACAAUACAAAUAAACAUUUGUUUCCUUAUUCUGGGAUCUCACCUAUUUCACUCUGCCUACUGUAAAAUGCUAACAGUCAACAUUUUACAGAUAUGCUCAGAAUACACCUAUUUACCAUUUCCUCCAAAACUGUUCAAUCUAAUGCAAAAUAGCUGCCUAUGAAUGUAGACUAAUUCUUCAGUUGAUACAGGUUGAAGGAAAAUUAAUAAGAUAAACAUCUACUAGUAUGGAAGAAUGUAAAGGUAAAGGUAUAUUGUAAAGGUUGUCUCAGGUAGUUUUUUACAGUUGAAUAUACUUUACUCCUCUGUUGAUGUUUGUCACAUUAUCACACACUGUAGUCUCACUGAGUUUUAAGUUAACUACUGAGUUUUCCAGGGGAAACAUCAUCACUGUAUAGUGUGUUCACUGCUCUUUUACCGUAGCCAUGCUCCAUUUGUCUUUCUUUUAAGAAACCAUAAUCAAUUUUUUUGAACAUAAAUUUCUGUUUAUGAGGCUUUUGUGUUUAGAGUUUCCUCUGUACCUACAAAGGAAAUGUUGAAUCUAAAUGUUGAAUUGCACUGUGAAGGAAUAAAGAUGAGUGUGCCUGAAAAUGAUCUUUGUGGUGUCACUGAGUUAAACAGUAGUGUCUGCAAUGUUGUUGUUAAGACAGUCAUCAUUUUAUUUGUGUUUGGAGAGUCAUGUGAUCCAAAGCUGUCUGUCACAGUAUGCCUGUACCCUGUUAUUACAGUCUGCUGCCAAGACCAGUUGUAUCACACUUGACAAAUAUAUUCACACCUUCCAGGUAGCUGUUGGUUUCUAUUCAUUUCCAUUAUAACAGUGAACUCAAUAAUGUGAACUAUCACAGUGAACAUCAGAGACCUGAUUUUCAAAUGUGGUUUGACUAAUCCAGGCUAAGUGAUUCAAACAAUGACAGUACAGUUACAGUAUUAUUUAACUAAAGCGGUCAAAUAAAUUUAAAGUGGAAAAAUGGAAAUACUCAAAGUACAAGUACCUAAAAUUGUACUGAUGUACAAUACUUAGAGUAAAUGUACUUAAUUACUUCUCAUCACUGCUAAUACAAUUACAUGGAAACAUUUCAUACUGUUCAAUUAUUAUAUUCGUAAUAAAACGCCAAGGCAACAUUGCAAACUAAAACUGUAAUUUAAGGCUAAAGUUAGUAACUAGCUAACAUCAGCGUUCGUCGUUAGAUACUUCACACCAUCUAAUUCAGGAACAGUGAAGGUCAGCUAGUGAAGUGUAUUAAACAAGCCAGAUAGUUAGCCCAAACAGAACAAUGUAUGUCAGUGAUGGGCAUAACAUAAAACCCAUCAUACAUCCAUCAUCCAAUCCCAACCAUUAGUGGUAAAAACUAUCAUCACCCAUCAAUUUUAAAUGGGAGACAUAAACCUUCUACCACUGCCGACUGCCGUUAAAGGGAGUGUCAAAGAGAUGGGUGAUGAAGGGAGGCAGAGGAGAUCUCCAGAUAUUGAGGUGCACAGUUGGAGCUUCCCACAUGCCAAUUCACCAGUCCCCUUUAAUAAUGUCGAACGGACAGUGAGUCUCGGUGUGCCACCAGGCUGCAGCUAAGUAGCCUGAUGUUACUGCCUCCUGUCUAUACAUCAUAUGCACUGUCCAGAAUGUAUUCAAACACAAUUUGUAUAAUUACAGGGAAAGAAAAAUACAUUUUUCGAGCACUUAUCGAAACUGUUUCAAAUUAACUGUUUUGAAUGAUACUCUGUCAGACCAUUUUUAAAGUAAUGUCUUCGUGUUUGGUUCCCAAAGUUAAUGAAUUCAUGAGAAAAGAAACCAGAGGAGGUAAAAAGAAGGGAAGAGGGAAAAUAACACAAAGGCAGGCUCAGAAGGAAUGUCAUCUCAUUUCUAUGGACUGACUGUCAGUGUAUUAAAUGUCCUACAGUGUACUUUACAAGAAAGUCCAUGCUCUAUCAUGUUUUCAAGGUGGCUCUACUUUAUUUGUGUGUUCACGCCCACAAAGUGCAGACUGUAUUUACACAGGUACAAACAUGCAUUGUUCCUACAGCCAGGUUCACAGAGUGAGCUGGUUCACUCUGGACUAAACUCCCUCGACUGUAGAACAUGAACUUGUGGAACAGGCCUGUUUAGGUUCUCACUCUAACAAGGUGAUCCACAGAACCAAGUAAAAGCUUCUGUGAACGGGCUGGAUGGAGCUGGAUUUGCAUGAGGCAGUAACAUGUCUCCUGUCUGCAGAGACAAUCAUCUGCAAGCUCUCAUCUCUGUGUUCAAGAGACCACAGUUUUUGUUUACCUGGCAGCAGGUGUGAAUAUGAGACUCAUAGGUACCUGACGUUUUAGCUCAUGCAGACUAAGCUAACUGGUUCAGUAAACACAUAUCAUACAGGAAGCUACACUGAACUUUAAAUAUUACUGUUGUGAAAACUUUACUUUGCAAUAUGAGCAGUAGUUGUGCAUGUAGCAAAUCCUACUGAACAUGAAUACACUCAUAUUUACAACUAUUCAUAUAUUUACAAUCACAUACAUGUACAAUACAUCAGCAGCUUCAAAUCAGAAAAAAACAUUUGAAGGGUUUGAGGGAAGUUCAUUCGCAAAGUCUUCAGAUCCCUUCACUGUUUUCACAUUGUUAUGUAGCACUCUCAUUUCAAUUCAUUUUAAUAAAAAGUCAUUUCAGUGUAACAUUUUAUCUUUAGGACAAAUUGAAUGUAGCAGGUUUGUCUCAUGUGUUGGUGGGAAAGACAAAUUCCAGGGAACCUUUGAAAAACAGACUCACACCUACAACCACACUACAACUGCAUCUCUCAAGGUCUGUCUCAGAAAAGAUGAACGUUAUUAUGUUUUAAAAUAAAAAAGUAACAUUAAUUUAAACAAAUGGUUUGGUGCAAAUCAAGUGUGGUCAUGUGUCAUUUCCAGCUACCGUCUUGAUUUAGAUAAAGAAACUAAACUAACUGGUUUUCUUUAAUCCAGAUUAUCACAAGAGUCUCUGAGGAUUCUGGGAAAAUCCCCAGAACUACCAGGGACUUUGCUUUGAGAAAGAUGGACGCUCAGCUCUGCGACAACAUGUAUUAAAACAGGACCAACUGUGUCCUGCCUGGAUGAGGCUGAGGUCACUUUGAUAUAUACGUGAGUCUCUACACCACGACCUGAGGUGAUCUGAGUAACCAGGCCACCAUCACUCUUCAUUUCAUUUACAAG